AUGACAAAGCACGAAGCAGACACGCCAGGCCACUCCCCUGGAUGUGAAAUCGCCAUCAUCGGUGGCGGCAUCACGGGCGUGACGCUCGCGCUCGCGCUCGACCGACGGCGUAUCCGGUGCACCAUCUACGAGCAGGCGGCACAGUUCCGCGAGCUGGGCGCAGGGCUGGGCUUCGGGUCCAACGCGCUGCGCGCCAUGCACGUGUGCGAUGAGCGGGUGCUGGCUGCCUACCGCCGCGUCGGCAGACAUGUUGGUGCACCCGCCGGCCCGGUCUGGAUCGAGUUCCUCGACGGCACGUCGCCUGUGGCGGCACGCGAGCUCGCGCCCGCCUUCACCAUCCACGCGCCGGCCGACGGCCACGGCGCGGUGCACCGCGCGCGCUACCUGGACGAGCUGGUGCGGCUGCUGCCGGCGGGCGCCGUGCGGUUCGGCAAGCGGCUGCACGAGAUCACGCAGCCUGCUGGGGGCGGCAAGCUGACCAUGUUGUUCUCGGACGGCACGACGGCGCGGGCGGACGCCGUGGUGGGCUGCGACGGGAUCAAGUCGCGGACGCGCGAGAUCGUUGCCGCCGGGCUGAAAAACGGGGAGGAGGUUGAUGCGAGGUGCGGGUACAGCGGCAAGUUCGCGUACCGCUGCCUGAUCCCCAUGGACCGUGUCGUCGAGGAGCUGGGCGAGGCGCGCGCCAGGGAGCCGUCGCUGUGGAUGGGCCCCGACCGGCACGUGCUGACGUUCCCCAUCGGCCCCAGCGGCCCGGGGCAGCUCCUUAACCUGGUCGCCUUUGUCGACUCUGGCUCGCGCAGCUGGCCGAGCGAGACGAGCCUGACGCUGCCGGCGACGCGUGAGGACGUGGUGCGCGACUUUCGCGGCUUUGGCCAGAAUGUGCAGCGGCUGCUGGGCAUGAUGCAGGCGCCGCCGGACCGGUGGGGCCUCUUCGACCUUCUCGACCGACCGCUAGUAUGCUUCAACCACGGACGCGUUCUCGUCAUCGGCGACGCGGCGCAUGCGAGCACGCCACACCACGGCUCGGGGGCGGGAUUCUGCAUGGAGGACGUGGCGGUUCUGGCGUCGCUGCUGGAAGACCUCGAUACCCAGCCUCUAGCCGCGGGGGGAGCAGCCGGCCUAGAAGCGGCGUUCGCGGCCCUCGACGCCAGCCGCCGCGAGAGGUGCCAGUGGCUGGUGGCAAGCAGCCGUCGGUCGGCCGACGUGAUGGAGUGGCGCGAGCCGAGUUUCACCCGCGGGCCGCCUGACUUUGACGCCAUCCGGCGGGACAUGGAGACGCGCCAGUCCAUCUGCUGGGACGUGGACAUGAAAGCAAUGGUGCGUGCGGCGAAGGAGGAUCUGCGGCGGAGGAUCAACCAACCACAAGCGUCAUCAGAGCUGGGGCCUCAGUGAACCAACAGGAGGUUGGCGGUGCUGGGGAUUCACGAACGGGUGGUCCAGCAGCAAAGAAAGGGAUGAUAUAGUCAAUAA